CUUCUUUCUUUCUUCCCGCUGCAGCCGAACAAAAAAAAAAAGGGGAACCCGGCACCAGCCUUUGAGAAACCGAUAGAGAGCUUGGAUUUUCCCCUUCCUUUCUUGUUCUAGAACCCAUAAAGAACCCAGAAAUUUCCCCUCCCUCUCUGCAGAAACCGGAUCUGCUCUGCUUUGCUCUGUCCGCCGGCUGCUCUUGUUGUGGGGGCGAAUUGUUUGGGUUUUGGGUAAGAAACAGCCAUUAAAUCCCUUUGUUUUUCCUUGAAGUGGCUUGGGUUAACUUUGAUUGCUCUUAUUUCCUCCAAUUUUUGGGUAGUUCCGUGAGGUUCCCCCUGCAGAUCCCGCCGGCCUUCCCCAAUCUGCUAGCUCCGGUUCCUUGCUUGUAAAUUCUGGUUCCCGAUCGUUCUGUCAGUUAGUACGUGAAUUGAGUGCUCGGUUUUAUGCAAGUGAGUAUUUAGAAAAACACAGCGGGAGAAGGAGAGGGGAGAAAGGAGAGUGGGCAAGCUAGGGUUUUGCAAUUGAUACAGAACUUCUACGGACACGAUGAGCAGGAGCUUGGGUAUACCGGUAAAGCUUCUACACGAGGCCGCCGGCCACGUCGUGACGGUGGAGCUCAAGAGUGGGGAGCUCUACAGAGGAAGCAUGGUCGAGUGCGAAGAUAACUGGAAUUGCCAACUCGAGAAUAUCACCUACACUGCUAAGGAUGGGAAGAUUUCUCAACUUGAGCAUGUUUUCAUUCGAGGCAGUAAAGUCAGGUUCAUGGUCAUACCAGACAUGCUAAAGAAUGCUCCCAUGUUCAAGCGUUUGGAUGCCAGAAUUAAGGGUAAGAGCUCAUCUAUUGGAGUUGGCAGAGGUAGAGCUGUUGCAAUGCGAGCUAAAGCACAAGCUGCUGGACGUGGAGCUACAGCAGGUAGAGGUGUUGUACCAUCUGUUCGUAGGUAACUGCCACUCUUGAAGCAUUCUUUCUCCGUCCCUUCCGAGCUGGAUAAUGUUCGAUGGUAGACCACCUGAGACAUGUCUUGAGUUUUUUGGGUUCCUGCUUCGGUUAUCCUGAUAGCUGAUGUAAAAGUAGGUUAAGAGGUUUAAAUGUAUUUUGUCUAGUGGACGAAUGGAAAAGCUUAUGUUACAUUCUUAAUGAAUUCAAGUCACUCAGUUUAUAUACCCUGCAUUGAAAUUUGA